CAAAAUGGUGGAAAGAAACGCAUUCAUUUCCUUAAUAAUAUUCACACUUGCUCUAAUCAUUUUCAAAAAAAGAAGCAAAUCAAACCUACCCCCAGGCCCUCUGUCGCUUCCCAUUGUUGGGCACCUCCACCUGCUUAAACAACCCCUCCAUGAAACCCUACUUAACCUCUCUCACAAGUUUGGUCCGGUGAUGCUGCUCCGGUUUGGUAUCCGACCGGUAGUCGUUGUCACCUCUCCCUCUGCGGUGGAAGAAUGCUUUACCAAAACAAACGACAUCGUCUUUGCCAAUCGCCCAUUAAUGCCUUCUGUAAAACACAUCAACUACAAUUACACGACCAUGGGUGCUGCCCCGUAUGGUGACCUUUGGCGUGCUCUACGUCGGGUGGCUGCGUCUGAGCUUUUAUCCACCGCCCGCCUCGAUGCCACUACCCAUUUGCGUGAACAUGAAGUCAAACUCAUGUGUAGAAAACUUAUUAAGCAAUCUUCACAUGAUCAAGUAGUAGAUCUUAAGUGUUGGUUUAGAGAUCUUUUGAAUAACAUAACUACCAUGGCGCUUAUGGGGAAGAGGUACCAUGGAGAUCAUGUCGGAGAUAAAAAGCAUGCGUUAGAGUUUCAAAACAUCAUGGGGGAGUUGUUCAAGCUAUUACAUACGCAAAAUAUUGGAGAUUUUCUGCCGGUUUUAGGGUGGCUCGGUGUAGGUGGUCUUGAGAAAAAGAUGAUUGCUUUAAUGAAGAAAGUCGAUAAGUUUCUUGAAGGGGUUAUAGAAGAACGUCGUAGUUUAGGGAGCUGUGACUCGGGGAUUAUGGUGGAUAAAUUGCUCCUUUUGCAGCAAGAACAACCUGACCUCUAUACUGAUCAAAUCAUAAAAGGCCUUAUUCUGAUAAUGCUAAUUGCCGGUACAGAAACACCAUAUUUAACACUCGAAUGGUCUAUGUCGUUGUUGUUAAACAAUCCGAAUGCUAUGGAAACAAUAAAGAACGAGAUCAACACUCAUGUUAGUUUUGACCGUUUAUUGCAAGAAAGCGAUUUGGGUAAACUAAGUUAUCUUCAAAACGUCAUAAAUGAAAGUCUACGUUUGUACCCAACUCUUCCCUUACUAUUUCCACGCGAAGCUUCUGAAGAUGUUACACUUGGUGGCUACUCAGUGCCUCCCGGAACAAUGUUGAUGGUUAAUGCAUGGGCCAUUCAAAGGGAUCCUGUCUUGUGGGAUGAACCAAAUAAGUUUAUGCCUGAAAGAUUUGAUAGGAUAGUUGAGGAUAAAUAUAAAAUGCUUGCGUUUAGUGUAGGUAGACGUGGAUGCCCUGGAACUAAUUUAGGGUAUCGUAUCAUUGGGUUGGCGUUGGGAACAUUGAUUCAAGUAUUCGACUGGGAGAGGAUAGGUGCUGAAGAGGUUGGCAUGACAGCUUAUUAUGGUCUGUCUAUGGCAAAGUUGAAGGCGUUACAAGCUGCUUGCAAACCUCGUUCAAACAUGAUCACACAUAUACUUUAGGGUUUGGGUUUACUCUAUGAAAAUUUCAGUCCAAAUGUUCUAUGGUCAUUACCUCAUGCAGUCCAUUAUGUUUUUAUGUAUUUGGUUUGUGAACAUGUUUAAAGUUGAAUUUAUUUGAGCAAAAUACUUUAGUUUAAUUUUCA